GAGCUUAUGCUUAUCCUCCGCCCCACGGCCAGAAGGGCAUGGCUUGCCCGGCUCAGGGGCGGCCCAGGCGGGAGGCGGAGCUCAGGAAAACACGGCGGCGGGGCCUUGAAUACCAAGCCCACUCCGCGUGUCUGGGAGAGGAAGAAGCCACGGCGAAAGGAACACUGGAGGAAUAAAGUAGAGAUGUCUUCACAAAGGGGUAAAAUUCAGACGGUAUUGGGCCUUAUCAAGCCAAGUCAGCUUGGUUCAACUCUGACCCAUGAGCACUUGACAAUGAGCUUCAGUUGCUGUUACUACCCUCCUCCUCCUGGUCAGGAAGAACUGUCAGAAAAAUCCAUUGAAAUGAAGAACUUAUUUUGGCUUAAGCAGAACCCCUACAGCAAUAAAGAGAAUCUUCUAUUGUAUCAAGAGACAGAUGCUGUGAGGGAAGAACUGUUGCAUUACAAGGCAGCAGGUGGUGGGGCCAUUGUGGAAAAUACAACCACUGGGCUCAUGCGAGACAUGAAGACCCUAAAGCACCUUGCAGAGGAAACUGGAGUCCAUAUUAUCGCUGGAGCUGGUUUUUAUGUGGAUGCCACUCAUUCUCCUGAGACGCGAGCUAUGUCUGUGGAACAGCUGACAGAUGUUAUCAUUAAUGAAGUUCUCAAUGGAGCGGAUGGAACCGACAUCAAGUGUGGUGUAAUAGGAGAAAUUGGCUGCUCUUGGCCUCUAACGGAGAGUGAAAAUAAAGUUGUUCAGGCAACAGCACAUGCCCAAUCCCAGCUUGGCUGUCCUGUUAUCAUCCAUCCUGGCAGGCAUAGCGAUUCACCUUUCCAAAUCAUGCGCGUUCUUCAGGAAGCUGGGGGUGAUGUCUCAAAAACAGUCAUGUCUCAUCUUGAUAGGACUAUUUUUGAUGAAAAGAAGUUGUUGGAGUUUGCUCAACUUGGAUGCUAUUUAGAAUACGAUCUUUUUGGAACAGAAUUCCUUUUAUACCAAAUGUGUCCUGAUAUUGACAUGCCAAGUGACAAUGAAAGGAUUUUAAGGAUUCGGAUGCUGAUUAAUGAAGGCUAUGAAGACAAACUUUUAAUUGCACAUGACAUACACACAAAGAAUAGACUAAAGAAAUACGGGGGUCAUGGCUAUUCCCAUAUACUUGAAAACAUUGUUCCCAAAAUGCUUGUUAGAGGCAUAUCCCAAAAUCAAAUCAAUCAGCUUUUGGUGGCCAAUCCCAAGCAAUGGCUGACUUUUAAGUAGGAAAAUGUAGAUAUUACUGUGAUCAGGCUUGCUUUAAUGAAAUUGGGGCUGGGAGAGUUUGAAAUAUUUGGAAGAUUCCUACAACUUUGGUAAUUAAUUGAUCCUUACAAAAGGCUACAGUAUCUUAUCUUGUCCCAGACUUUUUGACCCCUGCAGGGGUGAGUGGAUUAAAACACAAUGAUCCACUCUUAAAGAAUCAUUGAACCUACCAAUAUCUUUGUUUGGCAAGUAGGGUAGAUCCCUUUAAAUAUACAGUACCCUUGAGAAUGGCAUCAUACUGUGCAAUUUUGAUGGUACUGUCCCAGCUGGGGGUGGGGUGGGGGUCUUGGGCUGGGGCCAAAGUACCAUGUUUAAACCCUGAUUCUAGCUGAAGUUUAUUAAGGUUCAUUUGUUGUGGAUAAGGUGUCUACCUGUGUACAGGAACUUUUGUUUUCGGUGGAACCCUUGGAAUGUGUAAGCUAUUUCUCUGGAAUGCCUAUGAAUUAGAAAGGGAAAAAACCCAGUGCAUGCUCAUCAGCUUGUCCUUUCUCGCCAUGGGGCUGCUGAGUGAAUACAAUGCUGAAGUGGCACUUCUCAAAUAGUGAUCUGAAUGCUAUAGACACAUAAAAAUAUUAGCCUUUUGAAGUUGCUGCUUGAAAAUGUUUGUAGCUUAGUGCUAUACAUGUUUACCCAGAUGAUCACAAUUUAUUUUCAAGUAAAUACACAUAGUAUUGCGACUUGGGAUUUCCACCUAAUAUUGGAGCUGAAUGGAUAUUUACUCAGAAGGAGGGCCCAUUCCGCGGGGGUUUGUCACAAAAAGGUGUGCCUAGAAUUUUAGUCUGAAAUUGCCUCUCUCUGAAACAGGCUGAUUUUUUUUUUUAAUGAAGUACUUGUCCAGCUGUACUUUCAUGUUUAGGGCUUUUAAAAAGUAUGUCUAAAUAGCAUCCACAUAAAAUGAAGUAAGAAUGCCAACUCAAAAUGAUUUCAGUGACGUUUUUCAAUCAAGCAUAUUUGGAAAUUCCAUUGUGAGGAAUAGAAUGGAAAAUAUUCACAUCAGUAAAAUGAAUGCAGUUGAGAACACUGGAGUCUCAAAAAGAAAAAGAAAAAAGGCUGCUACCGAACCUCUGGGUUUCUGUUUACCAGAGAUUCAUUUCCUACUAUAUUGGAUGUAUGGGAAAGGCUGGGUAGAUUCCUUUAUUUGUGGAGUACGUAGUAGUCUUGGGAUGGAAGCUUGUAGCCAUAAUUGGGACUCAUUGGGUCAGUCAGUGCAGGGAAAUGAGAGCAUAAUUACUGUGAAAAAGGCUGGGAAGAAGAGUUUCCAAAGAAACAGAAUGGUUGAUGCCUGAAUCAACAACAGUACAUGUGAAAAAGAUAUUGGAGUCUUCGUGCACAACAAGUUGAACAUGAGCCAACAAUGUGAUGCAGGAGCUAAAAAAAAGAAACAGGAUUUUGGGCUGCAUCAAAAGAAGUAUAGUGUCUAGAUCUAGGGAAAGCAUGGUGCCUCUCUAUUAUGUUUUGGUUAGACCUGAAUACUGUGUCCAGUUCUGGGCACCACAGCUUAAAAGAGAGAUUGAUAAACUGAAAGGUGUUCAGAGGAGGGCAAUUAAAAUGAUCAAAGGUCUGGAGACCAUGCCCUAUGAGGAGCACAUUAAAGAGCUGGAUAUGUUUAGCCUGCAGAAGAGAAGGUUGAGAGAAAUCCUGAUAGCCAUGUGAGAGGGUGUCAUCAGGAAGGGGGAGCAGGCUUGUUUUCUGUUGCCUUUGAAAUAGGACUCGGAACAAUUGGUUCAAAUUACAGGAAAGGAGAUUCCACCUGAAUAUUAGAAAUAACUUCCUGACUGUAAGAGCUUGUUCAGCAGUGGGACUCUCUGACCCAGAGUAUGGUGGAAGCAAAUUCUUUGGAGGCUUUUAAACAAUGGCUAGAUGGCCAUCUAUCAGGGGUAGUUUGUUUGUGCUUUUCCUGCAUGGCAGAGAGUUGGACUAGAUAUCCAUGUGGUCUCUUUCGAACUCUGAUUCCAUAAUACGCUUUGGGUACAUAAAGCAAACCCUGAUAUGACUUUGGCUGUUAUACAGGAUGAGUUUCACUUCCAUGGUAGGGGGAUUUGUAGCACAUGGCCCUGGAGUGGGGAGGUCCACUCCAACACUUGGGAUCCCCUAGCACCUGAUCUCCCAAUAUUCUUGAUCAAAAACACAUUGAAAUGACCCCUUUCAUGGAGUAUCACAUGCUGUUUUACCAUCAGCGAGUGUAUACAAAAUAUUCUCUCCAUCAAAUCCAGUUGAUAGCAUUGUAUUAUAUGGAACCUUCAUGCCAUGUGUCGAGGGCAGGUUUGGGGGCUAAAUUUAAGGAUUUUAAUAUGACCUGUGGAUAUAACUAGUGUCAUCCCACAGAGGUGAAAGUGUCAGAGCCAUUUUAGGAAAUCGGGUGCCCCUGGCUGCCUCCAUUUUCCUGCCCAGGCAUCCAAAAAGACCAGAAGUGGCAUCAUGGUGGAGAUAGCAGAAGGGAUAUCAUAUUCGAUUGAGAAGAACUAAGCUGUUGCUUUUGCCAUUCUGUUCAGAGAAAAAAUAGGUUAUUUGAUAUAGAGUUAUGGUAUAGUCCAGGGGUCCCCAAACUUUUUAAACAGGGGGCCAGUUCACAAUCCUUCAGACUGUUGGAGGGCUGGACUAUAGUUGGCCACUGAGCAAUAAUAAAUAAAUAAUAAAUAAAUAAAUAAAUAAAAAUAAUAAUUUAAAAAGAGGGUUGGAAGAGACCAUUUGGGCCAUUGAGUCCAAUCCCCUUCUGCCUUAAUCACCAAAAGCACAAGCAAAGUACCCCUGACAGAUGUCCACCCAGCCCCAAUGUUAAUAAUAAUAAUCAUCAUCAUCAUCAUCAUAAAGAGGGUUGGAAGAGAUCCCUUGGGCCUUUUAGUCCAAUCCCCUUCUGCCUUUGUGCACCAAAAGGCACAAGCAAAGCACCCCUGACAGAUGGCCACCCAGCCUCAAUGUUAAUAAUGAUGAUGAUGAUGAUGAUGAUGAUGGUUGUAAGAGAAGAAGAGACUCCUUGGGUCAUUUAGCCCAACCCCCUUGUGCCGUGAGGGCCGGAUAAAUGGCUUCAAUGGGCCGCAUCCGGCCCCCGGGCCUUAGUUUGGGGACCCCUGGUAUAGUCGUUAUAUUGAUCCAUGAAUACAUUGAUCAGGUUUUUGGGAUCAAAUUUUGGCUAAAAUUUCUAGAUUUAUAAGUGGACAUAUAUAGUAAUUUCAGAAGCUCCUUUGCAAGUAAUCUAGAGAGGCCCCUGCCUGCUAUGUGGGAGGACAAAGGGAGAAGUGGAGAAAGAAAUGAGUGUGAGAAAAAAGAGACUAGCAGAAACUGAGGAUAUGUUGCUUGCUUUGGACUGUCCUCACUUAAUUCACAUACACACAGCAAAGUGGCUUAUAGUCUUUGAAACCUUGAACCUUUGACAGUUAGAGUUUGACCACCAUGAAGUCAAGUGUAUGUCAAAAAGAUCAGUUUAAUGUAUGCUCAUGUUGAAUGGAAGUAAGUCAUUGCAGCAGACUCAUACAUUGGUGCCAUUCUCAGAAGAAUGUAGUUUGCAUUUUCUAAUAAAAAGCAAUCUUUUGAGGUAUGUUGACUUGCAAUGGGGGACAAUUUUAUGAUACAUAGGAUGGACUGGUGGAGCCUCCUUUGUGAACCUGAAUGCCUUCAAAAGAAAUGGAGAAGAUAAUGGAAUAAUGAUGAUUCAACAUAUUUUGUUUAGAGAGAGGAUUUUCUAUCUUUUAAUACAUGACUGACACAUAUUUUGAAACGAAAAAGACUGGAUUAUGAAAGAAGGAUACUAUUUUGCGUGCUUGAAAAUGUGUUAAACCUUAUUUUCAACUUUUUCCUCCUGAGAUAUUCUGUUAAGCUGAAAUUAGGUAUGCAGUUUAUUCAGCUUCUUUCCAUAUAAAUAAAUGUUCAGGCUGCAAUCUUGUACACAUUUGCCUAGAAGUAAAUCCCAUUGAUGGAGGAUUUACUUCAGAGUAGAAAGGUAUGUUAUUGUGCUACGUAUGAGCUUUGUAUUCACGACAGUCGAUCCCUUACCUUUUGAUCUUAUAUUUUACUUCUAGGUAAUUUCAACUUGUUUUUGCUUUGACUUGAAUGUAUUUAGGAUACAACUAGGAAGCAUACAAUCAGAAAAAAUUCUUCACAGAUGAAUUUUAUGGUACAAUUUAAGACCUACAAUCCAUUUAAUAAAUUGUAUUAUAUUUUUAAAUAAUUGUCAGAACAUGUUAUUUGUAAAAGCAUUAUUGAGGGAUUUUUAAAUGGAAAUAUAACAGAAAUAUUUGCUGAGCCUCUUGAUAAGAAAAAUAGGCAUAAAAUAAACAUUUGUUUUCCACA